GGUUUUAAACGGCAUACGUAGCUUGUUAGCCGCACGGACAGGCCAUAGUACUACAACCGUGCUUGUUGGGACUUCCGAUACUUUAACCAUGGCUAUUCGAGGACCAGUGAGCUUAAAGAAACCCGUCCGGAGGUGUUUAUUCGGGGCACCGGAUCAUGAACGAAUCCGAAAGGAUUUGGAUCGUGCUCUUUCCGACAUGGAUCGGAGUACUAAAGCCGACAUGAAAAACAAUUGGGGUUUCGAUAUAGAAACAGAUUCAGGAGUACCGGGAGGACGAUAUGAGAUAACAGAAGUGAAAGAAGACGAAUACGUUCCCAGUUUCUACAGAAAAGGAUAUUCCACAAAGUCAAGACGUGUGAGAGACAGAUCGAGUGUGAACAUGGUGUCAUCGGGAACCCAGGUGGAUAAUACUACGUCGACGGCAGUAACAACAGUAUCUUCUAGUACACAGGCUGGUCGAGGGUUGGAUUCACCGCUCAGUCCAGCACUAGCUGGUGCAGUUGUCAACGGUGUUCGCAGAUUAGACUUUAAAGAAAAUGAUUUCCAUGUUUCGGGAACCAAUACUUCAACGAACCAACGUAGUAGAACGCGUAGUGUUGUGCCUUCCAGUUUCCACCAGUCCACCAUGAAAGAUCACUAUCAGCCCAGAAAGAGGAGGUCCCCAGACAUCGACACAUCCCUACCCAGGGGAAAGUCGCCCCGACUCUGAUGUGAUAAUAGAGAUAUUUAAUUUAAAGGGACGAGUGCUAUGCAAGCAGGAGGCAGGAUGGAAAAAUGAAAGAACGAAUGAUAUCGUACAUCCGGGCUCCUGCACCCCAUUGUGAUCCUAGUCAGCAAUGACCUGUGGUCAGUGAAAUGAAAGAGACACUGAUAUCUGUGAAAUGUGAUCAAAUCACAAGAGACAGAUCCUGAUGAAAGAGAUACCAAAUGCAGUUCAUUGCAGUGGAGGCCAGAAUCCUGACUACUGAGAUCACAGUCCUGUGACGCUGAGUGAUUUAGAUGUCACAUUGAAAUAGACAUGAAAUUGGAUUGUUCAGACUCUAUUGUGCGACUAUACAGCUGGCUGAAACUGACAUGGAUGUGCUAUGAACUAUGAUCUCUUGUGUCGAAAUUUUGUGACUUUUCACCUAUUUGUUGUGUCGGUCAUUCCUAUGUGUUUUUUUGUCAUUCCUAUGUUUAAUCUCGAAAGAACCGUGAGCCAAGCCAUGUUCUUUCGGAAACGUGUGCAUUUUUAACAUCUUCGUUCAAAGCUUCUACUGCCAACCUAACUUUAAUUUCAUCCUUUUGUUCUGUAAUCUUCUUUCUAUCCUUUGAUUGUCCAGCUGUCACUCAUCUUCAGCCUUUCUUUCUAUCAUGAUAUCUCUCACGUGACAAGUGUCAGAGUUCAAACUGAUGAUCCUGACCCCGAUAAGACACGGGUCACAAGUCGGUCUUCCAAAGUUAAAUCAGGGCUUUUGUUUAAAUUCAAAUUUUUAACGAACCCAUUUACAAGGGCAAUUUAGAGUGUGAUUGAAAUUUUGAAUUUAUUAUUUGAAUGAGUGAGAUUUUCAUAUCAAAUGACGAGUGUAUUCGCAUGCACACAAUACAUUUUAUUUUUUCUUAAUGCCAAUACUUCCUUAAAGAAUUUAAUUUCACGGUAAUCUGGUAGGCGAAAAAGCAAAGAUGAAUACAAAGAAUUAUCUCCAGGGCUCUUCGAAAUUGCCAUUAUGAGCAUAAUGGUGAUGUAUAAGUGUAUAAACUAUGUAAUAUUUAAUUUAAUUUAUUUGUAAAAAAGAACGGAUCAGUUGACCUAGUAAUUUAUUACAAAAUAGUGUUUUGAAACUGUUAUUGGCUUUCAGUAAUAUGCAGAAAGAAAAUAAUUGUGUAAUUGCUCAAAAAUUCGGAACCUAUUUCGUGUAGAAUACGGUACACAAAUAUAUGAUUGACAUAUGACUAGAUGCUGCAUUUCAGAUGCGUUGGAAACAUAUCAUCGGGACUUUGCAUUUAACCUUUUAACAUGUCAAUUUCAAUCAUACAUUUCUAAGUAUCGUAUCUUGUGUCACUAUCUUUCUGAAAGUUGUCGAUUUCAGUUGUCAUUACUGACACUGAAAGGGAAGUGCAAUUGACACCCAGUCUUACGUCACAAUGGAAUUGGGUGGUUUUGAUCUCAAAGUCAAACUGUGUAAUAGCUGCCUUGUUAACAGCGUUGUAUAUAUAUCUUGUUCAGAAUUUGAUUGCUAAUUUAAUUCAAAUUUAAGGUUUACCUGUAAUGCGUUUAAGACCUGUGUCAUGUAUUGUUUCACAGAGCAGAUGUCUUAAACAGCAUAAUGGAAAAAUACACAAUAAUAAAAUGUGGUAUAUACUAA